AUUUAAACUACAGCAGCCCUCCAUGACAUCCUCAACAAACCAUUGAUUUAGUGUACGCUUACUUUUAGUUUCCAGUGCCUAGACUUGGGGCGGCCACUCAUGCCCAUCCUUCUUUGUUAAUCGGCUCCCCAUGAUCGCUCGCGGCAAGCAUUGUCUCGGAAAUGGGAAAUUUUCUUCUUUUCUAGACAGCAUUGUUGUUCCAGCAAAUGAGCCUUUACAUUUCCUCUAUCCACGCUGCGCGAGUACCUCCAGCUCACGGUCUGCUUUCUUAACCUCUUCUCGGCGUCCGAAUCCGCACAAAAGUUAUGAAAGACCUGCACGGUGCUACCCUGUUAAUCGUGUAUCGCGACGAUGGCUAUCCUCGACCCACCCGAACAGUAACCCCGGCGUUUCGCAGAAGGAGUCAGAUAUAAACGCUACCGAGCCAAUCGCUCAAGUCAGACAUCAAGCUUCUAAUGUGAUAGCAAGCGACCGGAACAAAUCACCGGCAAGUUCGGACAAUGAGAACCAAGCAGAAUGGCAACCCAGCCAUGACAAGAAUUCUGAGGAAUCCUCCACCAACACUGCCUCUGACAAAAGUCUGGAUGCUGAUAAUACUACGGAUGAGAUAGUAAUCAGAAAGACUAGGCCAUAUCGACUUACUACCUUGGCUGAGAAGAGGCGGGUGACGGCUGAACGAAUGCGGUCCAAAGAGCGCAGCCGACUAGGCGAGAGAAAAUACCCCAGCAAAGACCUGCGGAAGCUGAGAUACCGGAAAUAUAUUUCUCUAUGGCGUCGAGGGAAUUAUAAAUACAGGGCUACCGUGCACUGGACGGAAGUCAUGUCACUCCUCGAAACGAUGUCAUUGGAGACGCCCGUCAAGCCGAAGACUGCAAUAGACAAGGAGAUACUCGUACGGGAAGAGAUUGUUGCGUAUCUUUCUGGCACGCCGUUAUCCGACGAGAAUAUCUGGUUUAUUCAAAUUCGAAAUGGCUGUCAGGUUCGCGUGUUGAAGCCAUCGGAAAGUGAAGGCAUAUAUCGGAAAGUCAUUAUAUCUGGAUCAAGGCGUGUCAUCGAACUGGUGGAGAAGCGGUUCAAACAGAUGGAAGAGCAUCAACGCCAGCUAGGAGAGCAGCAGAUAGCUGGUCCUAAAUUUAGACUGCCUGCCGUGCCUAUCGUUCCAUCUAUACUUGCAUUACGUGACAAAGGAUACCCAGUUCCUUUGAUUCGCUCUGUAUGGGAUGAUGAACCAUCAGUACAAUCGAAUCCUUUAGGUUUACAAGGCGCCUCGAGUGUGCGAUUAACAAGUACUCGUGACUUUGCGCGACAUGUUGAACACUUAGUCAACGCAAAGCAGCCCAGUGGGGACAGGAGCCCAUGGGAUGCUUUUUAUUCCAAAGAUAGUGUAAUGAAGUCACUCGUGACUCUAUUCACACGUCCAGAAAUCCAACCUUAUAUCUCCACUUCUGCGUUGAACGCAGCUCUCACGUUUCUGUGCAAACACGAGUAUUUACGUUCAGCUCGUGUGGUGUUCAAGAAAGCCCACGCUGUGGCUUCAACCGAGUCAUACAAUAUCUUUCUUCAGUCAGCAUCUAGACGUCAGGAUCUCUGGUUCUUUCACGCUACCCUUCAGGAUCUGAUUGGACUCAAAAUGAAGCCGAAUGGAAAUACCUGGGUUGCUUUUCUGCAAUGCCUGAUUUCACCGGGUCCGAGACAUCAAGUGAUGCUGCGCAUGGCAGAAUUGGGCUUUACGGAAGACAGACGAGUGCUACUUGACGUAUUGCAGUAUAACAUAGGGAUAAUGCUUUCGGCCCAUCUCGAUAACGGUCUUGAUAUUCCAUCAUUCCUUGAAAGCUUGGAGAAGGACUAUGGUAGUACGACCAUUUCGACAUAUCUGCUCAACCUCAUUCUAGAGGAAAUCGCGCCUAGAAAAGACUCGGACCUUCUCGCGCAGGUUCUGGACGCGUUCAAGCGAUAUGAACUGUCUCCCAACAACAGGACCUUUGACAUCACUCUCUUACAUUUUCGUGGGUUAGGCGCUGCCAUGGAGAGUCUGUUAGCACUCAUCCAUAAAAAUGAAUUCGUUCUCAACUGGUCAAAUUACGAAAAACUGUUUCUCCUCGCCCUCACUUCCAACUCAUAUAAUGCGUGUCGAGUUAUCUGGCGGUUUGCAUGUAUGAGGGGUGCAACGAGCAAAUUGAUGAGACAGAUUGUCCGAUCAUCACUACUAGGCGAUAACCGCGGAAAGGGCCAGGAUUCUGGAUACCUGGAGCACCACAUUGGGGCCAUUGUGGUCGGCUUGGAGUACCAGCAGGGCACACAGCCAUCGGGGGUUGCUACGACCAUGGUCCCGCCACCGUAUACAGAGAACCCAGUUGUAUACUUGACCCGUUACAUGUCUCCUGUUGACAAGAGGAAAAAGCCACUGGUUUCUCAAUUGAUUUUGGACGACGUCCGUCAAGGGCCGACGCGCCAGCCCGAGGAGUCGCUGUGUUUGAUGCUGGAUGCUGCAGUCAGACUCGACAAGGAACUGCGCUGGCACUCGCCGGAUGAACAGCAGGAUACCAUGUCCAAGCGAUCCACUAUCGAUAUUCUCAAAUCGACUAUCGCCGUUCCUAUCAAAUAGAUAGACCCAUGAAGACCGGGGUCGUUCAGUUAUAUCAACCAUGUACAAUAUAUAUCAACCACAUAGACCAAGAUACCCUUGUUCGAGUUUGAGAUUACUCGCUGUUUCUGAUCUAAGCUCUGCUCAUGGACCUGUACAUAUGUAUAAUAGUUGU